CACCCCUGGUCCACCAUAAACAAAGGUAUCGUACAUUUCCUCACUCGGGCAGCUGCUACUUCCACGAAAACUAGUGAAAGUGAAGAGUCUUUAGCCGGCGUGUGUCACUCUGAGUGAGUGGGAGGGAGGAGGACGAGUAAUCACCCAGGCCGAGUAACGUGAACUGAUACUUGCACCAAGAUGAAUGACAGAAUGCUUGUUCUGUCGUGGAAGAACCACAGCUCCACAUUCUCCAGUGUCAUUUCUACUCUUCGAGAAAAGGAGAAUUAUACUGAUGUAACUGUAGCAUGUGAAGGCAAGUUCUACCCUGCACACAAGUUAGUACUAGCAGCAUGCAGUGAAUAUUUUGAAGAAAUAUUCCAGCAAACAUCGUGUAAGCAUCCAGUCAUUGUGCUCAAAGAUAUUACUUGCAAAGAUGUGAAUGCCCUGUUUAGUUACAUGUAUCAAGGAGUUGCAAGUGUGUCUCAGAAUGACCUGACAAGUCUUCUCAAAGCUGCCGAGUCACUGAGAGUUAAGGGCUUGGCCGUACCGGAUGGGCUUCCCUCGCACGCCACUGAGACUCGGCCUGGUAGUAGCUUGAGCAAUGACGUGGCAAGUCCAAAACCUAAAAAAAGAAAAAAAGAAGAGAAUAUUUCCCCAGUACCUGUAAAUGAUGAUGCAACUUUCAGCAGUAAUAAGAUCCAAGAAAGCUGCUCCCAAUCCGACACAUCGUAUAAUCAUGAAUCAAGACGGACCUUGGAGGAGGAACAGAUCACCGGGGAAGGAGAAGAGGGAGUAAAUGGAGUCAACACCUCAGUUAAUGCUGCAGAUCACUUGGCUGUCGGUAAUAAUAAUCAAAUAGCUCGCAAGUCUGAGUUGGAAUGCACUCCAGAUAUGCCAUUUAAGGAUAUAUUUAAUGAGACUGCAGUGAAGGAAGAGAUAGUGGACAGCCCUGAAGACAGAGCAGACUUGUCAUACAACAGUGAAAUAGAUUACCAUGCUUUAUCUGAUGGUGGUGGACAAGUGGGUGAAAGUGAAGGAGGAGGCCUAGAGGAUCACAUGACACAAGGUUAUCACCCCAAGUAUGAGGCACCAGAUGUAAAUGAGAGGAAUGUGUCGCAGGAUACCCCAGGAUAUGUUGGCUCUCUUCCCUCGGACACCAGUGAUCACCACAACCCAGGACCUUCCAGGAUGUCUCAAAACAUAGUUGAUGGCUAUGAUGGAUUCAUGGGACUAGAGAGCUACAGCUGUGACACCCAGCAGGAAUUGUACAAUCAGCUAGCGAGCCACCUGAGCCUGCAGAACCACCCGCCCCACCAAGCGAUGAUACAAAAUAACAGUAAUGAGCUGUUCCGGCACAGAGGUAGACCUCCAAAAGAUUCGUCUCAGAUGUACUCGGAAAAGAAGAUGCAUCGCUGUACACACUGUAAUUACUCCACACCCUGGCACUCUGUCUUCAUUAGACAUUGCCGUAGACACUCUGGGGAAAAGCCAUUUUCUUGUGCGUUUUGCCCAUUUCGCUCUAGUCGCAAAAGUGUGGUAAAUCGACACUGCAUGAGUAAACAUUCACAAGUUGAUGCUGUUUAAAAGUUAUUAGCUUAAUUUAUUCAUUGUUGUUGCUCUGCUGGUCUGACAUACCCCAGGUUGUGAAUCCAUUUAUCCGGUUUGUAAGGAUGUGAUAAAACUGAUCCUAUGAGGUCUGCAGUCCUUCCGGUGAUUUUGUGUGUCAAGAUAUAUGUUAAGCAAAGCUUAUUGAAUUUGCAUUUUUUAACAUUUGACCGGUUAUUUAGGUGAUCAUUCCCGAUUAAUUUUAUAAUUUUUUCAGAGAUAAUUUAUAUCCUUUGCCAGUAUUGUUAUAUUUAGAGAUUGUUUACAGUAUUGAUGGUAGUAUUGUGUGGUUUGUAUUUAUUGCAUAUAGUCUGUACCUCUGUUGCUUCAUUAGAAGCAUUUUAGUUAUCCAAAACUAAUAUCUUAUUAAAAGGUCAGUAAUCACACACUUGUCUUUGAUGAAAUGUGUAACUUUUAAUGUUUUUGAUUAAUACAGUACAGUCUUGUAUAUAAAGUGCAUAUAUACCCAUUUUUUCCAUCAUGUGGUUUUUGUUUAGUGACUAAUAAUUUAAAUUGCAUUAAAUAAUUUAACCACACGUCAUGCAAAGAAAAUCAUGAUUUGGCUUCCUCCUCCCACCCACCAACUCUCAUAACCACUGCAUGCACACACACACACACUCUCUAACCCACUCAUUCUCCUCCUCUCCCAUGCACACACCCAUUAUCUAACCCACUCAUUCUCCUCCUCUCUAGUGCACAUGCCCACUUUGCCUUGUGGCGAGUCAGAGGAUCAGGACUUGGUCAGAGACCAGGCCUUGGUCUUUGACCAAGUCUCCUGGUUUGUGGUCUGAUCAACCAGACUGUUGGAUGCAGCUGCUUACAGCCUGAUGUAUGAAUCACAGCCUGGUUGAUAGGUAUCCUUUGGAGGUGUUUAUCGAGUUUCCUCUUGAACACCAGGAGAUGCCAGCCAGUUGUGCCCCUUUUGUGUGGGGGAAGCGAGUUGAAACAUUUUGGCCCUUUGUUGUUGAAAAAGUUCUCUCUCGGCAUACAUAUUGCACCUCUGCUUUUCAAUGGGGCUAUUUUUGCACAUCCUUCCUGCUUCUUGGUCUUGUGUAAUAUUUCCAAGUGCAGUGUUAGAGACAAUACCUACAAUUAGUAAUUAUUAUGUAUCCCACCUGCACUUUUAGAGAAUAUAGUUAAAAAAUUUAAUUAGUUCCAAUAAUUUGGAUGCGUUAUAAAUUGGAUUCUAGCAGAAAAGGUUCUUUUCAUGCUCUCCAGGUCUACAAUUUCUCCAGUUUUGAACGGGGCUGUUAUUUUGCAGUAGUGUCUUGAAAAGUAUCGUUGUAUGGAAUCUCUUGUUUGAAAGGUUCUUGUUAUCCAACCUGUCAUUUUUCUUGCAGUAAUAACAACUCCUUUGUGUUCUUUAGCUCCUGCACUGUGCAUUGACUGGUGGUGCACAUAGUGCUUUAAGGUGUUUUUAGGUACAGUAUAGUGAAGCAUUCAAAACUUGUGCGGGUACAUAGGGCUCGCAUCCUGUGCCUCAGGACUCCAGUAAUCGGGUGUCUUCUUGAGAGAAAAAUAUAAAAUCAUCUACUUUCCUCAACAAGAGCCUCAGUGCUGCCAGAGCAACCAAGGCUGGUGCACACAGCAGCUCAUAGCACCACUGCACAAGUCAGGGCCACACCAUCAGGGGAUGAUUCAUAAUGAGGCAAAAUAAUUGGUUAAUUAUUUUAUUCAUUGAUAGUGUCAUAGAUGAUCCUGACUGCAAUGAAAUUUAGGUAUGUACAGGGUUCAGUUAUCAGUGAAGAUAAUGCUAGUUAUGAUUGAUGAUCACAGCAGGAGACAGACAUUCACAGCCAAGGUUUCAUGAAUCUAUACAUCAUGCAACGUGAUGUCAUGUUCCUUUAGAAAAUAAAUAUGAAUCAUUUUCCACAAAAUUAUGAGAAUCAUGAGAAAAUGACAGGAAUCUGAUGAUAAUAGCAGUGUUUGUAGUAAUAAUAAUAGCAAUGUGUGUAGCAUACUUCUGGGGUUAGCUGAUCGUAGCUUGUUGCUUUAUACUGUGCUAAGAUUGUAUUAUGACAUGCACCAGCAUUACUUUAUGGUUUGUUAUUGUUUAUAAAAAGUUAUAUAUUGUAUAUCAUGUGUAUAUAGUGUAACAUCAAAAACACUGUUUUAUUAAUCUAAGAAUAUAAUAUGCAUGCAACAAGAUAGUGGCAUCAUAUGUUUUACCAUGGCAGUGUUCCACACAUUUAACCAAAAACUUUUAAAUAAUUAUAAAUAUCUUUGCAGCAUCCCCCACCACAGUGUUUGGCAAUAUUCAGCUGUUGACAGCACAUGCCCUACUUCCUCAUUCCAAGUAUGUUACAGAUAAAUUUUUGUUUUUCCUGUGAUCAUGCAUUUUAGAGGGAAUGCAUUUUAACAAUAUUAGAAUGAAAUUUUUUUUUGGGGGGGAGAGGGGGGCAAUUUUCUGUGCACAAACGACAUGUCAUCUUAAACUAUGGCGCAGUGCAGCGGUUAAAGAUAGGGUCUUCUAACGAUUACUCCCAGAUCUUUUACAUUGCUUUUUCAUUCUAUAGUGUGAUUUGACUGCAUUUUAUGUGGCUUCUGAUUUUAUAUUUUUCAAUAGUACAGGGGCUGAAACUUACCUUCAUUAAACAUAUAAAAUGUGGCCCAUUGAAGGGCCUGUUUUACAUCAGAUAGGAGGUAUGCUGUGUCCUCUGUAUU